AUGGACUACCCCGCUUCGCGCCAGUCGCGCCCGCCGCGCUUCGCGAUCACCGCCUCCCUCCUCCUCAUCACCGUCUUCGUCAUUUGGAUGCUCGUCCCCCGCUCCGAGCCCCCGCCUGUCGAAGUCGUCCCCAUCCCCGUUGUCUCCAAGGCCGUGGUCGUGCUCAGCGGCCCCUCGGUAUCCGGCACCGUGACAUUCACGCAAGCGCUGCCCACCGCGCCCGUAACGAUCUCGGGCGAGGUCAAGAACCUCAAGGCGGACUCGCAGCACGGCUUCCACAUCCAUGCUUCGGGUGACCUCAGCAACGGCUGCAUGUCCGCCGGCCCCCACUUCAACCCCUUCGACCGCGCGCAUGGCGCGCCGACGGACAUCAACCGCCACGUGGGUGACCUCGGCAACGUCGCCGCGGACAGCAAGGGCGUCGCAACGUUCACGUUCGAGGACGCGCUUGUCUCCCUCAACGGGCCCCUCAGCAUCGUCGGGCGCGCCUUGGUUGUGCAUGCGGGGACGGACGACCUUGGUCGUGGCGGGGACGACGAGUCCCUCAAAACUGGGAACGCGGGUGCACGCACGGCGUGCGGGGUUAUUGGGAUGGCACCGUGA